AUUUUUUUGAUUAAAAUUGCGAUUUUUAUCAGGAAGGAGAGGGUGUAGAUACUAGGAAAUCGUUUGAUAUGUUCACAUAUUAACAAACGUUCCGGAUAUACAGUGCAGUGAAUAUCCAUAAAACAAUAGCUUUAGUUAAGUAAACGCUUGAUAUUCUAACCUUUGUAUUUUUGUAUUGAAUGAAAUGAUACAAAAUGCACCAAUGAACGACGUUAUAACAGAGUGACAACCGGUUUUUACUCACUUUGCAUACGCCUCUGGCAAAUAUAUAUAUAUUUAUAUAUUAUAACAGACUGUCGACCCUUACUUAUUCUUAUCGCCAGACUGCUGCAGAUAUGGUACUGAGUCUAUUGCUUCUACUAGUUGUCUACAGGUUAAAUGUAUUGGGGGAGAAAUACAUCAGUGGAGACAACAGUGAUGAGAUUGCAGCUACUCAAUAUCUUAGCUCUCAUAAUCGAGUCCUGGCAGAAAAAUGCAAUAUUGUAGUUCAAGCAGAAUGGAAUUAUGCAACAAAUAUUACAGAAGAAACCAAGAAAAAAAUGUUAGAAGAAAGCUUGAAAUAUGCCGAAUUCGUAAAGGAAGCGUGGACGAACAGUACGUCUUUCGCAUGGAAAACUUUCAAAGAUCCUCUGAUAAGACGUUGGUUUAAAAAAUUGUCUGUACUUGGUAAAGCUGCCCUCCCAGACGAUCAAUUAAGAGAGUACGAUAGCUUGAUAGCUGAUAUGAAGAACAUCUACAGCACAUCUAAAGUAUGUCCGUAUAAAAAAGAAACUGAUGAAAAGUGCAAUCUCUCGCUCGAUCCGGAAACUGAUGAAAAGUGCAAUCUCUCGCUCGAUCCGGAGUUGACAGAAAUCCUUACUAAAUCUAGAAACUAUGAAGAAUUGGCUUACGUAUGGAAAUCGUGGAGAGAUGUUUCUGGAAAACGUGUCAAGGAUAAAUAUAUUCGCUUCGUAGAACUUAGCAAUAAGGCAGCAAAAUUAAAUGGAUUCGAAGAUAUGGGUGAAAUGUGGAGAGAGAGAUACGAGUCGGACACUUUCCAGCAAGAAAUUGAACAGUUGUGGAAACAAAUACGUCCCCUUUAUGAACAACUUCACGCCUACGUUCGUAGGAGAUUGAUUAAAUUGUAUGGAAGUGACAAAAUUCGUCACGAUGGUCCAAUUCCCGCUCAUAUAUUAGGUAAUAUGUGGUCUCAAGAUUGGUCUGGAAUCUUAGAAAGCACCGUUCCUUAUCCAGAGAAACCGUCUGUAGAUAUUACACCAAAGAUGGUAGCAAAGAACAUGUCUGCUUUGGAGAUAUUUAAAACUGCUGAAGAAUUUUUCACUUCUCUGGGACUACAAGCCAUGACGACAGAUUUUUGGGAAAAAUCAAUUAUCGAAAAGCCAAAAGAUCGGGAAAUCGUUUGUCACGCUUCUGCUUGGGACUUUUGUGAUGGAAAAGAUUUCAGAAUCAAGCAGUGUACAAGCAUCAACAUGGAAGAUUUCAUUGUUACUCACCACGAAAUGGGACACAUUCAAUACUAUCAGCAAUACGCUCAUCAGCCUUGCGUUUUUAGAGAAGGAGCUAAUCCGGGAUUUCACGAAGCAGUUGGCGAUGUCUUAGCUUUAUCUGUUUCUACACCGAAACAUCUUCAAACUGUCGGUUUAUUGGAUGAAGUUGCUGAUGACGAAAAGGGAGACAUCAACUUUCUUUAUUCUACGGCCUUGUCUAAAUUAGCUUUUCUUCCUUUUGGCUAUCUCAUUGAUCUAUGGCGAUGGGGAGUAUUCUCUGGAGACAUCAAAUCUACAGAAUUAAAUACCAAAUGGUGGGAAUUAAGAUUAAAAUAUCAAGGCAUAUGUCCACCAGUAAAUAGAACUGAAAAUGAUUUCGAUCCCGGUUGUAAAUAUCAUGUUCCUGCUAACACUCCCUACGUUAGAUAUUUUGUGAGUCACGUAAUUCAGUUCCAAUUUCAUAAAUCACUAUGUGAAGCCGCUGGCCAUACCGGACCUCUUCACAAAUGCGAUAUUUAUAGAUCCAAGGAUGCCGGAAAAGUUUUGAGUCAAAUGUUGGAAUUGGGAAGUUCUGAAAUUUGGAACGAAGCCAUGAAUAUCAUGACUGGAGGAGUUACUAAUAAAAUGGAUGCAGGACCGAUGUUUGAAUAUUUCGAACCUCUGUAUCAAUGGUUGAAAGAACAGAAUAAGGAGGAAGUAAUAGGUUGGAAGAGUGACAAUCCAUUAAUUUGUCCUUAAUAUAUUAUUUGUUUUUUGCACCUAUUUUUAAUUACUUAUUUAUAUAUUUUAAUAUGUUUGAGUUCACCAGAACUUUAUGGAAAGGAUUUUAGAGUGUAGCAAAAAUGUUACGAUUUUUUAUAAUAAUUUGAUUCAAUAAAGAUAAUCAUACAAAAAAAAUUUAAAAAUAUAUACAUGUUAAUUGUAAUUUUAUUUAUCUUUUAUAUUUAUUCUUUUAAUUUUUACUUGUGCAAGGUUGUUGUUACUUCAUAAACU